UAGUUUUCCAACAUCCCUAGGCGUAUGUGAGAUUGGCUGUGGAGUUUAGAUUGUUGUUGGUGUAGGGUUCACUUGUGUACACUAUUUACAAUGAUGUCAAGAUCGGUUCGAGCAGAAACUAGGAGUAGAGCGAAAGAUGAUAUUAAACGAGUGAUGCAAGUUGUUGAUAAAGUCCGACGCUGGGAAAAGAAAUGGGUAACUAUUGGUGAAACAACUAUGAAAAUAUAUAAGUGGGUUCCAAUCAUAACCAAUGAACAAAAAAAGAAAGCUAAAGAGCAUGGAAACAAAGAAAAUUGCAUUGGUAAACGAUCAAUGGACACCUCCAAUUCUAAUUUUGGUAUCACAGAAGACUCUAACACUUGUUUUUCGAUUGUUAGCGAUUCCCAGGGACCGUCAGACUUUUCAGCGCAACUUGGUUUUUCAGAAGAUUCUAAUUCCCAGAGUAGUGAACCUGUUGCCAAACGCUUGAAACAGGAAUAAUGUUGAUUUUAUUUAAGUUCAAACUAAAGUGACAACUAGUCAGUAAUGUUUGAUUGUAUACAGUUUAUAUAUGUAAAUGAACCUAUAUAUAUAUAUAUUUAAAAUAGAUAGAGAAUGUAUGUACAUAUUAUUAUUUUAUCAUUUUUAUCUUUGUAAAAACUUUUAAAUAAGACUGUUUAUAUUUAUUUAUAUUCCUUUAUGUAAAUAUUUGGCCAAAACAAUUGAAUUUUAUAAAUGUGGUACUAAUAAAUUUGAUAUAUUUUUUUUUUUAACUUAGAGAACUGGUCUCCAAAUGGUGUCUUUUUCUAUAUUUGUCCAUUCAAUUAUUGAACUUUAAUUAAUUUUUUUAAAUAAAUUAAUUUUAUUGUUCAUUAAUUCAAAAAUGUAGAUAGGCAUUGGCACUUAAUUUUUUAUACUUGUAUAGUUAACAAUUUAUAACUAGUUCUAUCGAAUGUUAAGUAGUUGUUUAAAAUAAACAGGUGAUAUUGGAACUGUUUUUUUAUUUUAAAAAACUAGCUAUUAUUUUAGUUUAUAAAGUAUGAUAAGAAUUAUGAUGUCCAUUCAAUUAUGGUUUUUUAAUCAGUUGUUAAUGUAUAUUUUAUUGAAUUAGCACAUUAUCUUGCAUAAGAUCAAUUGAUUUUUCAUAAACUAUUAUUGCUUUAAUAUUUCUUGAACUUCUUAGGACCAUGAAAUUAAUGAUUUUGCUUCUUUUAUUCAAAUUCACAAUGAAAAUACAUAUUUUAAUGUGAAUGGUAAAAAAAGGUGCCAUCCAUUCCUUUGUUUUAUGAAUUUCUGAUAAAUUAAGAUGAUUUACAUGCAACAUAACUAUUACUAUCUCUUUUUAAUUGUAAAUAUUUUUACAUUUUAUUUAUAUAUUUUACUGAAGACAGUUAUUGGUCUAUUCAAACUUAAAAGUAAAGCAAAAUAAUAUAAAAACUAUGUGAUUUUUUUAUUUAGUAUAUUCCUGAAUUAAAGUAUAAGAAUGUAAUUUAUGAAUUUUGUUCAAAUAAACACAAGUUUCAACAUA